AGGCGGGCCCUCGGUUAUUGAAGAGUACCUCAUUUUUACAUUCAUGUAAAGAGAAAAUACAUCUAAAUCUUUUUCAGUUUUCUUAUCAAUCUUUUGUGCUUCAUUGCUGUUGUUGCUUGAGUCCACCAAGAGGCACAGCAAGGACAUAAUUUGCCUUUAGUGUUGAUUCACUCAAUGCUAUGCAAUUCGAUGCAUCGGAUGAAGGUGAAGCAGUUUCACCGCCUACGUCCCACUCAUGGCCGGGUCCACGCCGGCCGGUGUCCUAUCACGACGAUGACGGCAAGGAAAGGGGGACGCAUCACAACGACUUUGUCGACGCUCCAACACAGGAGAAAAUUAAAUGUGGCUCGCGAUCAUGGAAGCGAGGGCUGUUUUCGAGCCACAGCUGUCAUGACCUCGUCUUGCUCGACUCCGCUUCGCACUUUGUCAGCUCGCGAAUGGCAGGUGAGCGGUCGCUGGCAUCCCCCUUUUCGUGUUCACCGGCCGCUGCGCCGAGUUGUACUUAUUACACGCAGGAGCCAGGCGUGGUCCUUGCUGACAGAGUGUCCUCUACCGACAGAGGUAACGUUUGGAACAAUGCGCCAGAGCCUCGUCGCGACGAAAUGAACUACGAAAAACGAGGCGAAGCUCGACACUUUGCGGUAGAGUUUCUAACAUCGCUUGUCUCAUUGCCAGAAGCGUCUGCGUGCGAGGAUAGAAGUACAGGAGAUCAUGGGGUGGCUCGACCGUUCGUCGGUGUAAGCGCACCUCGGCGCCGGUCCUCUGUUCCCGCACCCCCAAGUACAACGAGCCGUCGUCGGAAAAUGAAAGCAGAGCACGCGAUGAAGCGACGACAGAUCUUUUCCGAUGCGUGGUUCCGCAGAUACUUUCGAAAUUUUCCAGGGGGGCCACCGCGUUUCCAGCCAGGUAUGAUCGAUUUCCCGACGUCCCAGCAACUUAAUUGCGCGUCGCAUCUCCCACACGGUAGCACAAGAAUAAGGCGCACCCCUGCUCCCGCAACAGCACCCGACUGCGAAGAGAAGACAUUGGAGGGUACUGGAGGUAGAGGGCGCACAGUUGUCUCAACAUCACAAACGGUAACAAGCGCAUCGCCACUCACAAGUGCAGACAAGGCGCGUAAUGUCUACGAGAGCAAUCGUACAGAAGAACGUACUGCAUCCAGCACUUCGUCUAGCAAUGAUGCACAUGGAUCCGUUCUAGGGAUUGAAUUUUCCGCUCACCAACAUAAGAUUAGUACAACCAUGGAGGUGCCAAUCAUAAGUGAUGCACCUGCAGAAACAGACUCCACUUAUGUAAGGCACAAGACCAAUGAAUAUUUAUAUUUACAAAUGGGUUGAUGCAGUGAUUCAAAUCAAACGCUACAUUUACAAACACUCUAUAGUUGACAGUAAUAUUUUGAACUCUUUGUCUUUCAGUUCAGAUGAAAUAAGACUAGAUUAAUACAACGUCAUCCAGAAAUCGAUUUUUGUGAGUCGAUGUUGUGUGGUCUUUUGAGCACUCACAAACACGCUGUCCUUGGUACUCUAUUUCGUCUUCCUCUAUAAGUUGUCCAUCCAGUAAGUAAUCUUCUCCUUCUUCCGAUAAUCAAAUUUAUCUUUACUGUUUACCAGUUUUAAGUUUUUUUUGUUCGUCGAGUGUUUGAUCUUAGGCAUAGACUCCGCCCUGCACAUCCUCUUUCAUGAUUUCUUUGUGUCAUGUGGACAUCGAUUCGCUAUGCCACGCCCAACGUAUUUUCGUCCCUGCUUUUAAUUGCGCCGGACACAGUGAACGUGCUGCUAAGCAGCCAGCACGGAAACUAUCGCAACGUGGCGGCGUUAGGUCUGGGCAAUUUGUUGCUGAAUUCGAUAGCUCUGAUUGUGGCACAGGGCAUCAACAGCGCACUCGACCGACAUGCGUCCCUGCACUGGACCCGUGGAAACUUUACCCACGUUUACCGCUGCGUGGCCCUCUCAGCGAUCUGUUGCCUCCUCUAUCUUCCACUUUGCGUCUUCGUGCUAGCAAAGGCACCUCGGGUCUUGGUUACAGUGCUCCACCAGGAUCCGGUUACAAUGGAGAUGGCAGGUUCAUACAUAGAGGCUGCUGUGCCAGGCAUCCCGGCGUUCUUUCUUCAGGAAACGCUCUUAUGGUCAUGAUUUAUUCGAUACUUUACUAGAGUUGGUUCUCAUUCUUUACAUCGCGAUAGAUCUAGACGAUCUAUGUACUUAUCAGUUUCUUCUAACUUCUAUGUCAGUGUCAUACAUACUUAUAGCACAACUUCUGGGCCUCUGCAUGCAGAAAUUUGCAACGCUACCCAGGUGCAGCUCGCCUCCGCCGGAGGAAAUAAUUAGUACGAGCGCAAUGAGUGACCAUGAGAUUCUUAGCAGAUGGACAGAUGCAGGAAUCAUCUAGCGGUGUCGGUGGAGUUUUCCUUUCUGCUAGUGUCGCAGAGAGUUCAUCGUCUAAUGGCUCGCCGUUUUUUCACCAAUAUAGGCGAGGCGCGUCGCUGCCAGCGCUGGCAAAUGCUAUGUUCUGGCUGCCUUCAUCUGUUUUUUGCGACCUACUUCAUCCAGCGGAGCUACGACAGUGUCGAGGAAGGUUCAGUGACGGCGAGUGCCACGAGUGCAAAUGCGGGUCUUGGUUACGCCAAUUGUUGUACAUGGUCGGUCACGUGUGCUUGUUUCUUGUGGGAGUAUUACUCCUUCGCGACGUCCACAUUCGAGAAUGUGAGAUGGUUCGGCGCGACGGCUGGCGAUUUGCGGCCUCGUCGACGACGUGGCUCCUGUGUAAAACAAAUACAUCUGAAUACAGAAGGUGCUAAAAGUCCUAGUGGUUGUCCAUGCCCAUCUGUGCUCUCUUCGUCCUCGUCUCGUCUUGCAGAGGGAGGAUUUUUUGAAAAAUUGCGCGUACCGCUGUUGCAAGAAAAGACGGGCGCGACGAUACCGCCGAUAUCCCCAAAACAACAGAAAGCAGACCACAGAGACCCACUUUUUACGCCGUUCUUCUCAAGAACCGUGGUGCAACAAGGCGUACCUGCGAGAACCACUAGUGCCACUAAAGAAACUUUCCGUCGUGCCGAUUCGUCCGUCGCCUCGUCAGAGGCGCUUUCCUCGGCGUCCUACCUGACAAGCGACGACGAGACCUCUAUAUCCGGCGACGAGGAUGCCCCUGCAAAACCUCGAGAGAAGGAGCAGGAGGAAAAAGCUUCAGCUUACGACCACUUCUCCCAGUUUUCUACACCACUGAGAUACUUUCCACCACCCGCAGUGUGUUCGCGUUUUCAGAUGAUUGAUGCGUCGAACUCGAAAGUGAUUUCUUCCGAGGAGCAGGCCCCGAAGCCUGUACUAACCGAGGAGCAUGACCCUUUUGCCAUGAGUUGUGCGAAUGCUAGCAAUCUUUUUUUGGGUACAACAAAAUCGCAGGAGCAACAAGAUCCCCAUCUAGAUGAGCAACUUCAUGUUUCAGAAGGACAACAAGGAACAGACUGCGCAAGGAUGCUAGGCGAAUUUCAUCUCGAUAUCAAGUCUUCUACCAAAUGCAGUACGACAACGACUCACGAUAGCUUCUACGUUGAAGAAGAAAUGAACGACGACACGGCUUUUUUCAACAAGAGGAGGAGAAGCUCUACUAUUUCUGAGCCUUCUUGUUUUAUGAACUUUGACUUCGCGCAUCAACAGCUUGGGAGCUCUGGCUGCAAAUUUUGGCGUGUGUUGCGAGAGCCUGAAGACAUUACGAAAACUGGGUCUAAUCUUUAUUCGAGGAGUACAACAACUGCUGCGUCUAGUACAAGUGCCUCCUCCUCGACCUCGUGCACGUCAUUGCACUUUCCUGCGGAAGACGACAUUUUUCUAGUGGAAGCUGGCGCAGAGAAGAAACCAUUCUCAAGUGGCCUGGGUUCACUGCAUAACGCUUUUUCACUACUGACGGUCGACUUUUGCUACGGGGACCCUGCAGCGCACGGGGAUUUCCAGACUGAUUCAUCAUCUGCCGGUCACGAUACUAUUUUGCAAAUGCAACAUCAUUUGUAUGAUAAUCUUGACGGAACCGAAGGAGAAAAAUGCAAAACUCGUACUUCUAGAAACGUCGAGAAUUAUGAUAGGCAAGAGCAAGACCGUUUUCUUCAAGAGCCAGGCAACCUAAACAGAGGAGUUUUUAUUGAAACGGUGAACAGUACUAAGACGAGUUCCAAUAGUCCUUGUACUAACGCUGAUGUGAUGCACAACAAUCAUAAAACAACUACUAGUAGUGGCACAAGGUGCAUCUUCUCUUCCCAGUCCACUCAUGAUGAACACGUGCUUCGACCACAGCUUCUUGCUCUUUCCCCGCCACGAGUAGUCGUCUUGUUUCCCGUACUGCCUGGCGUUAAUGCGCAAACGUAUCGUCUCCUUCCGCGCUUCGCUUGGAGGGAAGUGUUGCCGUGCACAGUGAAUGUGGUCGCGGAGUUCGCGUUCUGGGAAUGCCUUGCCUUAUGUGCCGGCUCUGUCUCGCCGUUAGCCCUUGCCAUCCACAUGGCCUGUAUCAACCUCUACCUGGUGGCGUUUCGCGUUUGCACCGGAAUCGCGUCAGCCGCCUCUUAUCUAGUAAAUGCCGCGAUCUCGAGGACUGCGACCGCAUCUAGUUCCUUACUCGAACCAUCUUCAGCGUCGCAUAUCGCCGCAGACUCUUCUUGUGCCACAGGUAACGCAUCAACCCAUUUUGGUUCGGAGCAGCGUAGUUACAAGCUUGAGGAUGAUCAGCAUCAGCCACAGGAAUACUCUUACAAGGGACAAAACAAUCACGACGAUCAGCAGCGAGAACGAGAAGAGAAAAAGCCAAUGAAAAUGUCAACUUCACCUUCAUCUACAUCUUCACGGAACACAUUAUCUUCUCCGGAAAAAGUGAAUAUUGGGCAAAGGUAUCGGGACUGCCUGCUUCUCCUAGGUGUGCUGAGCUGGCUCGCCUUCGCGGUGGUCACAUAUACUUGCAAAGAGCGCAUUGCUCGACUCUAUUUUCCUGAUGUCCGGGAACCAUCAAGUCGCUCCGUGCAGACGAAAAUGCUUCAGGAGGUGGAGGUUAGACAUCCAGAAUAUACUGAACAAGAGUCUGCAGGACCCACACACGGGGCAAGUACAACAAGCAGUACAACUACUAGCAAACAUUUUUCCUCUAGCAUUAGCAACAGUACUCAAGACGCCAGAAAAGACUCACUUCUAAAUAUGGUGAGGCAGGAUGCUAACAUUUUUCUUGAUCGCAAAGUAGAACAAGAUGGUGGUGGAGGUUCCGAGGUGGAUAGCAAUACUCCACGAAAAAGGUCGUCAUCAUCAUCUUCUAGUUCUGCAAAAGUUGUUGGAGAGCAAUUAUUAGCUAGCCGCGUUGAUGAUGUGCUCGACCAUGUCAAUGCGGACAUGUCGACGAGCGACCUUCAAGACAGUACGGAACAGAUUCGACAGAUUUUUACCCACGUGUUGACACUCGCUUUUGGUGUGUGCUAUCUCUUCGAUUCUCUGCAACUUAUUGGGUGUGCUAUCAAUCGCGCGGCAGGACACGCGCUCUUCAACGCCAAACUUUUCGUACUCCAGCACUACGCAUUUGGCCUACCACUUGCAAUGUUCUUGCUCCUUCAUCGCAGCCUCACGGGCCUCGAAACGCCACCUAUGGUUUCCAAUAGUUAAGAAGGGCACUUGUAGUAGUAGACAAUUUUUAUCAUCCUGUUCCUGAACAUGAUGCUGAUCGCGACCGUCAUGAGUCCUAAAGCGCGUCGACUCACUGAGAUGGAGCCAUUACAGCCCAACUUCUCCUGUUAGGGUUUUAUUGAGUAGCAUAGUAGACACGCCCCUUCAGGCCAGGAUGAUAAAAAGCUACCGCUAAAGCAGAGAUGAGAAAGGCCUCCGAAACGCUGAAGAUGGAGUGUUCACGGUAUGGUACGUACUAAUUUUGGACCUUUCUCUAGGGCUGGUGGCGACGAUGUAUCACCUUUACCGAAGUGUGAAGCUUGUUUGAUACAAUACCAAGAGCCGAGAGUGAAAGUGUGAAGCGUAUUUUACCUCCUAGCAUCGGAUGCUAUGUUGUUCUCUACCAUCGUACAGAUUCAGCAUGCAAGCCACUGUGUAUCUAUAAGACUAACUAACAAACUAGUUACUAGUAGUACUAAGAAAAGUUAGUCCUGGACCUAGUCGAAGUUUGAUGAAAUAAAAACUGGAAAUACUUCUACUUCAUCUACUUGAUACUUCUAGAACCUCUUCAUUAGUCGUUGUUCCACAAGCACGAACCCAAAGCGUCGCCAAACUCAUUGAGUCCCAUAGUUUCCUUCUUGUGUGCAGAUUAUCAUUAUGUAGGCUAGAAAUGGUAAGGGAGGUGGACGGAGGGCACUUGUUUCACAAUUUUUUUACUUAAACCGUUCUGCUUAUUAGAUGGGUUUACUGAAACCGUCCUGCUUAUUGCCAGAAGCACUAAAAUAUAUACUGAAACCGUUCUAAGUCAGCUCUUACCGUAGUUGCAUACAAACCUGAGUAUGUAACUAACAGUAAGUAGUUGUUGCAGUGGCGGCAGUGCUGCUAGCAAGCCGAAUAUAAUGAAAUACUCCUCAUUCUUUCAUGGAUUCAAGCGAAAAAUACGAGACUGGCCAUCAGAGUCAAAGUUAGUACAUGAAUUUAUUUGCAUCUAGUAAACGACUAACGUAUAUUGAUCCCCUCUAGUUUGUUUCGAAUUUCGUGAGGUCUUGACUCUUGGUUUGAAUUGUUUCGUGACCAUCCUACAAAACGAAAACUUCGGGCUUUGAGCAUCCUGCUCCGUCUGGUAUCUGAGCAAGAUGUACUUACUUGACCAUAAGUAAUUAAAGUACAUGAGGAGUCUCACCUGCAAGAAGAAGAACAUUUUGCAGCCCUUGGUCGAUUGUGUGUCUGGUGUCAUCCGUCUGUACAUAACAUGUAGCAACAUUGUCGAAUAUAGUCAUGGUCCGAAGAUGGACUUCUAUUGCGAGAUCGCAUUAUCUUGCGGUACAAUUUUUGAAAGUCUAUCAGUACGGCAUGCGGUUCGAUAAUGCAUAGUUCAAGUUGUCAUAAGGAUUCUGAAGGAGACCGCAACUCAUAUGAAGCCAUUACUUUUACUGUCAUGUGAUGGCGAUGGAAGUGAGUGCAUAUUCAUUGGUCCCAACGGAAGUUAUCCCUGACACAGAAAGCAUUUCUCACAUGUGCAUAAUAUCCCCAAUGAACACAUUCAGCAUGCGUAGCAGGGCUUACACACAUACAAAUCAGUACUUUCAUGCGAUCAUAAUGAACAACAGAGAUCUACUGUGGAUACGACGUGAACAAGAGCUAUGGCUAAAGAAAUGGGCUACAUCUAGAUGGAAAAAGCGAAAGAAAUAAUCGAAAUCUUUGCGCAGUG